AUGAGCAGCUUAAGCAGCGUGGAGGCGGCGCUGCCGCCGGGAUUCCGAUUCCACCCAAGAGAUGAAGAAUUGGUGUGCGAUUACCUCAUGAAACGGGUCACGGGUCGCCCCACCCACCCCUCUCUCAUCCACCUUCAUCUCCACAACUGCGAGCCAUGGGACCUUCCUGAUAUUGCAUGUGUGGGUGGGAAAGAAUGGUAUUUUUACACCCAAAGGGACAGGAAAUAUGCGACAGGGUUGAGAACAAAUCGGGCCACAAACUCGGGCUACUGGAAAGCCACUGGUAAGGACCGGCCCGUAAGCCAUAAAGGAAAGCGGGUUGGUAUGCGAAAGACUCUGGUGUUCUAUGCGGGCCGGGCUCCCAAAGGAAGUAAAACCGAGUGGGUCAUGCACGAGUAUCGCCUGGAAGAAGGAGCCCAUUAUGGGCCCGGCCCUAAAGCAGUUUCCCCUGUCAAGGAGGACUGGGUUUUAUGCAGAGUAUUUUUGAAGAAAGCGUCAGAAAAUCCAAGCAAAAUCCAAGUUGAAACCAAAGCUUCCUCUCCAUCUCUACCACCAUUAAUGGAACCUUAUAAUAACAACAGUACUGCACUGAACCAGAGCAGUGAUGCUGUAAACAAACACGUGCCCUGCUUCUCCAUUUACAGUACAAAUCCUACUUACUCCCACAUGGGCCCACCGGAAGGUUUGCCGAGCCCCGAUGGAACUUAUGACAUUAAUCCAUUGUUUAUGAAUGAUUAUCCUUUUCCAUCAUGUGACGACAGAGCGAUUAAGGUCGUUUUGAGCCAACUCGUUGAAAUGGAUGCCCCAAAUGACUUUGGGGAAGGGAGCUCACACAGUUAUGUAUAUCAGGCCGUUUCGAACCCAUAUCCGCGCAACCACGACCAUCGCAAAUACCAACCUCCAUCAUCCCCGCCACCAUUCCCAGCGGUUCCACUGCCCGCUACUACAUCCAGAUACAAAAUCACUAGACCGUUGUCGCCGCCAGACUGUCGUCAACACAGUCCGACGUUGUCGCCAGCUUCGUCAACACAGUCCGACGUUGUCGCCAGCUUGUCGACUGAAGUAGACAGUGUGUCCGAGCGCGGCCAUGGACCGACACUGAAUGGCCGCAGACGGUGA